CAUGUGCAGAGGUGGGCGCGUGCAGCCUGUCUGUGAAGUUUGUUCAAACUGAAUAAAGAUUUAAUUCAAGUUUGUUUCAACCAAUCAGGAAGUCGAGCUGCUCACCUACCGACAGACAGGCAGAGCGACAGACAGGCACAGACACCGGGACGUCGCCGCGCUCCAAGCCGGGCGAGGGAGCGCGACCGCCGGCAUGAAGAUCGAGUUCGCUCCGAUGAACGUUCCGCUGCGGAGGAGGUUUCAGACUGCAGCGGUUCUACAGUGGAUGUUCUCCUUCCUGGCCCUAGCUCAGUGCUGCCUGGCAGUGUUUGUCUUGCUGGCUCUCUCUGAUUGGUGGAUGCUGGCCCUGCUGUAUUCUGGUUGGCUGUGGUUGGACUGGGACACGCCCACCAGUGGAGGUCGGAGGUCACGUUGGGUCAGGAGCUGGGUCGUGUGGGAUUACUUCAGAGAUUACUUUCCAUUGACGCUGAUUAAAACAGUUGAUCUGGAUCCAAGGAAAAACUACAUCUUUGGUUUUCACCCACAUGGUGUUCUGGUGGCGGGGGCGUUUGGUAACUUCUGUACCGAGUCCACAGGAUUCUCUCGUCUGUUUCCUGGUUUGACGUCUCACCUGCUGAUGUUGCCGUUCUGGUUCCGGGUUCCUCUGUUCAGAGAAUACAUCAUGAGUGGAGGUCUGGUGUCGAGCUCUAAGUCCAGCCUGUCUCACCUUGUGAGUCGUCCUGAAGGAGGAAAUGUUGCUGUCAUCGCGGUGGGCGGAGCUCCAGAGUCUCUGGACGCUCGACCCGGAUCUUUGACGCUGCAGGUGCAAAACAGGAAGGGCUUCAUCAAACUGGCUCUGAGACAUGGGGCUCAGCUGGUUCCAGUUUUUUCUUUUGGAGAAAACGAGUUGUUUGAUCAGAUAAAGAAUCCUUCAGGUUCCAAUCUGAGGACGCUACAGAACCAGCUGCAGAGCAUCUUGGGAUUUGCAGUUCCUCUGUUUCAUGCCAGAGGAGUUUUCCAGUACAGCCUCGGCCUGAUGCCGUACAGGAAGUCCAUCCACACCGUAGUGGGAAAACCGAUCUCGGUCGCCCAGACAUCUUGUCCCAGCAGCGAGGACAUCGAGAGUCUUCAUCAAGUUUAUCUGACGUGUCUCAAAGACCUGUUUGAGCAAAACAAACACACCUACGGCUUCAACGACGACCAGCACCUCACAUUCAAAUGACCUUCACAUGACACGUGUGUCACAUGUCAUCACCUGCACACGACCUGUCAAUAAACAGCUGUCCACAGUG